AUGGAGAAUUUCCAUAAAAUUCUUCUGCUAUUAGCUGGCCUGGUGACAUUUAGUGUAUUAGAAAAUGUCUCGGCGAUACCGAUACAACAAAACUAUACCUCCGAACUACUGCGGUUGGCCAAAGGAUCCGAAAUGAAAGCCUUUUUGAAUGAAAAUAAACCGCCAUGUCAAAAUUUCUAUAAAUUUGCCUGUGGUCGUUGGGCGCAUUUAAAUCCCGCCCCUGCUCGUGGCAAAAGUUCCCAUUUGGGCCAGCUAGCCGAACUGUAUAGUAAAAAAUGUUCGGAAAUGUUAUCGAUUGAAAGUAAAAGUGAUUCGGGUAUUGAUCACAAGCUGAAAGAUUUCUAUCAAUCGUGUAAGGAAACAGGGCGAUUGGACAAUGACGGUUUGGAGCAUAUUGUCAAGGUGGCCGAUUUGGCUGGUGGCUGGCCCAUUGUCACCAAUGCCAAUUGGUAUGAAUCCCGUUACGAUUGGUUGGCUGUGGUCGCGAAUAUGCGUCGCAAAUUGGGUGUGGACAUUUUGAUUGGCAUGAAAAUCGUAACCGAUUUUGUGGAAAAGGAUUUGAAUCGCAUCAUGGUCGGUGCACCGAAAAUGUAUUUGGAUCGUGAUUCGUAUUUGCAAGAGGAUAAGGAAAGUUUACGUGUGGCCUAUGCCUCAUCGAUAGAGAAUCAGCUGAGACGUUAUUUCCCCGAUAUGCCAGAGGAAUGGGCUGCGGAGGUGUCGCAACAGGUAUUGGCUGUGGAGAAACGUUUGGCCGAGGGUUUGCCCAAUAACAAGGGUUUGACCGUUGAACAGGCAACACGUCUGCGUUACACGGCCGAUUUGAAGGCAGCCUAUGGCAGUUAUGUGGAUAUAAAUCGUUAUCUGAAUUUGAUAUUCAAUCAAACCAUCUAUGCCCAGGUGUAUGAGUCCCCCGAGGAUUAUUUCUCCACGUUGAUGGAUGUUAUUAAGACAACUCCCAAGCUGACCAUUGCCAACUACACCAUGUGGAAGGUUUUGGAGAAGUUUGAAUUGCCCCGUGCCAAACUGGCCAAAGAUUCGCAAUAUUGUGUUGGCAAAGUUAUGGAAUAUUUCCCCGACGCCCUGGAAAGCAUGUAUUUGCGUAACUAUCACACCAUGCAGAUGAUCAAUGAACUGCAAUCGGUGUGGAAGGAUAUUCGAAAGACAUUCCGUUCAGAGAUCCACAACUCCCAGCGCCUUACAUGGAUUGGCGCUGAAACCAAACAGAAAAUCACCGAAAAAUUGGAAGCCAUGGAAUUGCAAAUUGCCAGCCAAGAUUCUCAACAUGCCGAACAGAUGCUAAAGCUGUUUAUACGCCGCACAAAUUACUAUCAAAAUCUCAUUGCCAUUUGGCAGUGGAAGACGGGUUUAAAUUUGGCACAACUCUAUGAGCGGCCUCAGGAACCCAAACCGAAAUAUACCCUACCCAACUAUCAGUACGAAACCAAUAAAAUCCAUAUCCCAGUGGAAUUUUUACAAGUUCGUUUCCUAUGGGAUCCAUCCUAUCCCCAUUCCAUACUCUAUGGUACCUUGGGCUACCUGCUAGCUCAACAAAUGCUCAAGGGAUUUGAUUUCCAGGGAAGGAAAUAUGAUAAACAUGGCUACCCUAAGGCUUGGUGGGAUAUUCUCUCUGAAAAGGAAUACGACAAUCGUGCCCAAUGGUUUUUGGAACAAUACAAGGAGUAUAAAUUCCCCAAAUGGAUGCAAACGGAAGAUAAGAAGCUAAUCAAUACCUAUGUGGCAGAUAAUGGUGCCCUCAUCAUUGCCUAUAAGGCAUAUCAACAAUGGUGGAAAAACAUCGCCAACAGUGAUGUGGUGGAGCAAGAGAAGCUACCUCUCAUGGAGCAAUAUGGUCAAAAUCAAUUAUUCUUUAUAGCCUUUGCCCAGACAUGGUGUGCCGAUUAUUCCGAGGAUAUAGCGGAAUUUGAUGAUUUGCCGGAGAUGUGGCGUGUCAUUGGUGCCUUGGCCAAUUUCAAUGAUUUCGCCCGAGAAUAUCAAUGUGAGUUGGGUAAUAAAAUGAAUCCCGAACAAAAGAGAUUUUUAUAUUAA